GAAAGGGAAGAAGGAGAAGAAAAUCGCGAAACAGAGUCGUCUUCGAAGAACCGCUCACUUCCCACCUAAUCUCUGAUUUCUCCUGGCCGAUCGAAUCGACCUGAUCAUCUUCAUCCCCAGUCUAAGCGAAGCGAGAGCCAGCGGCGGCUUGACUUCCUUCGACUGCAGUUCUAGGGUUUGUGGAAAUCUGGACAAGUAUGAACUGGAAUUUGGCACCACCCCAUACUGUUUGUGGACUGUUCCUGUGUUGUGAACUUGUUUAUGCUUUUCCCUGCAAUAUAGUUAGUAGAAUUUGGUGUCUCGCAGUCUUUGUCAACUGGCGCCGGGGUGAAGAGUUCGGUGGGAAUUUGCAUCAAAUGGCGAGGAUAAAACCCCAAACUCUACUUCUUCAGAGUAAAAAGAAGAAGAGCCCUUCUCGCAUCAGUGUUCCUAUGAUGAUUCUGUACUGCUUGUUCAUUGGGUUGGUCGUUUUAUCCUUGGUUGCUACAUAUAGGCACUGGUCAAGAAGGUCUGUGGAACAGACAGGCACUGGCUUAUCAAAUUUUGAGGACACAGAUGCUGCUGUAGAUUCGAAGAAGUACGAUCUUCCUGGUUAUGCUAUUUUGAAUACAUCAAAAGGUGAAAUCAUUGUGGAGCUUUUCAAGGAUGGUGCCCCUGAGAUUGUGGAUAAAUUCCUUGACUUGUGUCAGAAAGGGCACUUCAGAGGCUUGCCUUUCCAUCACGUGAUUAAACAUUAUGUUAUUCAAGGAGGGGAUUCCCAAGGACUUGGAGCUGCAGAAGAUUGGAUUUCCAGAGGAAAGCUUCGUGGCAAGCUUAUGAGUCCUAAGCAUGAGGCUUUUGUGCUUGGUACUUCAAAAAGUAAGCAAGACAGCAAGAAAUUUGCGUUUUUCAUCACAACUGCUCCCAUACCGGAUUUGAAUGACAAGCUUAUUGUCUUUGGACGGGUAAUCAAGGGACAAGAUGUGGUACAGGAAAUUGAAGAGGUGGAUACAGAUGAACGAUAUCGGCCCAAGUCUCAUAUAGUGAUAAUCGACGUAAUUCUCAAACGUGAAAUAUGAAGCUCUAGCCAAGCUGGUGCCUUGUGUUGUUAACAUGUGCUCCUCUUGAGAUUUACUAACCGGGAUACAAGUUUUCUGAGGCAGACCACAUUUCUCAAGACAGUUGUUUUAUCUUCUCCGACAGAUUACUUGCAUUGUUUCCGGGAUCUUUUGGAUUGGUAGCGCUUUUCCUUGUUCUUUUUGUUACUUUACAGGGUGGGGAUGAUUUGUGGUAGGGAUUAGUUUCUCUUUUCAGUAAAAAGUACAUGGAGCUUUGAUUUGUGGAGGGUGCGGGAAUGCAGAGUUAGGUUCAAUAUUACACGAACAAAUAUGCUGUUGCAUCGUUUUGAUUGUAUUGUUAUUAUAUUCUAUGAAGUUGUUAGUUCUUU